GUCAGAGUGUUGGCAGAGCUGCAGGAGAGGAGACGUCUCUCUGUUUCUCUCUGAAGACUAAUUCAACUGAAGACAAACACUGGUUGUAGAGAUGUCUGCUGCCAGCUGUCUGCUGACUGAAGAUCAGUUCCUGUGCUCCAUCUGUCUGGAUGUCUUCACUGAUCCUGUCACCAUACCAUGUGGACACAACUUCUGUCAAAACUGCAUCACUGAACACUGGGAUAGUAAUGUCUCCUGUCAGUGUCCCAACUGUAAAGAGACUUUUAGAAGAAGACCAAAGCUGAGGAUCAACACCUUCAUCAAGGAGAUGUCUGCUCAGUUCAGACAGUCAGCUCAGCAGAAAUCCAGCAGCAGCUCAGAGAGACAAGUUUCCAAACCAGGAGAAGUUCCCUGUGACGUCUGCACUGGAACCAAAGUGAAGGCCCUGAAGUCCUGCCUGGUGUGUCUGGCUUCUUACUGUGAGACUCACCUGGAGCCUCAUCUGACCAAGUCAGGUCUGAAGAGACAUCAGCUGAUGGACCCUGUGGAGAACCUGGAAGACAGGAUGUGUGAGAAGCACGACAAACUGCUGGAGCUGUUCUGUAAGAACGACCAGAGGUGUGUCUGCAUGAUGUGCACCAUUUCAGACCACAAGACUCAUGAUGUUGUUCCUCUGAGAGAAGAAUAUGAAGGAAAGAAGGCCGAGCUGGGGAAGACAGAGGCUGAAAUUCAGCAGAUGAUCCAGAAGAGACGAGUGAAGAUUGAAGAGCUCAAACACUCAGUGGAGCUCAGUGAUGAGAACGCAGACAGAGAGAUAGCAGAAGGUGUUGGAGUCUUCAGCGCUCUGAAAGAAUCUGUAGAGAGACGCCAGGCUGAGCUCAUCAACAGCAUCAAAGAGAAGCAGAGAGAGACGGAGAAACAGGCUGAAGGCUUCAUCAGAGAGCUGGAACAGGAAAUCUCUGAGCUGGAGAAGAGAAGUGCUGAGGUGGAGCAGCUCUCACGCUCUGAAGACCACCUCCAACUCCUCCAGAACUUCACGUCUCUGAACGCUGCUCCACCCACCAAGGACUGGACUGAAGUCAGAGUCCAUCCACCUUCAUAUGCGGGGACUGUGGUGAGAGCUGUGAAGCAGCUGGAGGAGACCAUCAGUGAACAGAAGAAGAAGCUGUUUGAGACUGAGCUGAAGAGAGUCCAGCAGUAUGAGGUGGAUGUGACACUAGAUCCUGAUACAGCAUAUCCCAAUCUCAUCCUCUCUGAUGAUGGGAAACAAGUCAAAUAUGGCAAUGUUAGGAAUAAUCUCCCAGACAAUCCAGAGAGAUUUGACACUUGUGUUGUUGUCUUAGCAGAGCAAAGUAUCUCUUCAGGCAGGUUUUACUACGAGGUUCAGGUUAAAGGGAAGACUGACUGGGAUUUAGGAGUGGCUGAAGAGUCUGUCAUUAGGAAGGGAGUCAUCAGAGCAAAUCCCAAGAAUGGUUACUGGCGAAUUAUCUUAAGGGACAAAAAUCGGUACAGCGCUUGUUCUGAUCCAGGAAUCCGUCUCUCUCUUCAGUCUGGUCCUGAGAAGGUGGGGGUGUUUGUGGAUUAUGAGGAGGGUCUGGUCUCCUUUUAUGAUGUUGAUGCUGCAGCUCUGAUCUACUCCUUUACUGGCUGCUCCUUCACCCAGAAACUUUACCCGUACUUUAGUCCUGAUAAUAGUUAUGGUGGUAAAAACUCCGCUCCUCUGAUCAUCUCUCCUGUUGAUGACUGUUGGUAGUACAUCCAGUCUUUCUUGUGUCUUCUGAACAAAAACAGUACAUGUAAAUUUAUUGAUGAUGGGUAUUCUAAAUCAGAGAAGAGCUUUUUUGUUGGAUUUCCUUAAAGACUGAGUUUAUUUGAGGGUUUUUUUUUUACCUUUAUUUAUGAAAGCCUAUUCCAUCACUUAAAAAGGAAAAAUUUCAAAGUUAGAAAAUUCUUUAAAAAAAAAAAAAAAAAGAGAAAGAGAGAAUCCUAAGUCCUAACAAUGAGAUAGCAAGUCACAAUAAUGAGAUAAAAAGUUGAAAUUAUGAGAUAGUGUUGGCGCAUGUGCAGUACUGCCUGAGACAUUUCUGUAUCCUCAUGCUGUCCAAACAAUGUGAAUUUUUAUCUCAUAAUUUCGUCUUUUCAUCUCAUAAUUAUGAUUUUUUUUUUCUUAUAAUUAUGACUUAGAACUCUUUUUUUUAUUUUUAGAAAUGCCUAACUUACAUUUGUAAUUUUCAUUGUAUUUUUUUUUUUUCUAAGAAUUAUCCUUAGGUCUUUCUUUGCCCUCAUUGAUAGAGGACAGUGGACAGAAUCAGAAACAGGGACGAGUAAACUGGGGAGAAACAUGCAGGAAAGUGCCACAGGCUGGACCUGAAUCCGUGUCGACUGCACGCAUGGGGCCGCCACAAACCACCAGGCCACCUAUGCCCCUUAUUAUCUGAAUAAAACACAAGAUACUUGUGCCCUAUAAAGAGGAUCAGCACUCGGUGAAGAAAUCCCUAAUCCAUUACUAUUUGCCUCCACAAGUCAACCGUGCAGACCCAUGGGUAGUAAGAAACCUGCACUUCACAGGGGUUGUCAAGUGGGAACCCUCCUUUGUCAGUGUUUCGUCCAGUUAGUCCCACAACACCUUCAGAGAGAUGAACAAUGAUCUCAAGCAUCCCAGAGCCACCCUCCUCCAACACACAGACAUCAUCCUACCUAUCUUACCACAUGGUCCACACAGCCUCAACAGCAUGCCACCUUCAACAGACCCAGGCUCCGUACAUGCAAGCUCCAGGUAGUGACAAUGCUGAUACUACCUUCCUUAACACCACUCAUGAUUACAGUGAAACAAUUAAAGUACCAACAUUACACAUAAAUAAGAGUUAAAAAAAAAAAACAAGGGAAAAAUGAGACAGAUUAGAGAGAGAGAGCAAGCUUAGCAAUAGGGUGGGAUUUCGUAAACCUUCAUUUUUGGUGCAAACUAUCUCAUGUGGCACAAGGAGUCUCCCUCCUAAAUCUAUCGGCAUCUCUCAGUCCUUAGCAUCCUUUAACUGGCUUAACUGGUGCUUACAUAAAAACCCGCCUCCUUUAACCUUCUCUCCAUCUCUGACAAACUGAACCGUCCUCGUUCCCUGAUUACUUCCUGCAUUCACCUGUCGCCUUCUGUUUUCAAUUCCUGCUGCUAGACCCUUCAAAACCCUGUCAUGCCUCCAUGUAUAUCUCCCUUGUGACAGACUGAUCUUACAUCCUGUCAAAAUGUGCCUCAAGGUUGCUGUCUCGGAGCACAAAGGACAUGAUGGGUCCCCGUCAACCCAGCACUUUAGGUUCUGGGGUGAUGGUAGGAUGUCAUAGGUAGACCCUAGCAGGAAUUUGAUCUGCCUAUCCUCCAUACUCCAUAGAUCUCUCCAACUCAGCUUCAUCUUCUCUACACUCUCCCAGUUCUUAUUAUCUUUUAAGUGGUGGAAUUGGGCUUUCAUACUUAUUGGACAGGACAGCUGAGGUUGAUACAGUUUAACGGUGGUGAGUGCCUCAGGGGUCCUUGGACCAAAACUUUAUUUUUUAUAUUGUAAAUGUUUCUAAAUUACUUAAGUGUGCUCUAUCUGUGGAUGAUUCUUGAAGUAUGGGGUAGUGCUUGCAAAACAUUUACUCAUUCAGUUUUUAUUCUACAAAAAAGAGCUGUAGGAAUUAUCAGUGGAAGUAAAUACAGAGAUCAAUCAAACCUGUUAUUUGUUCAGUCACAACUGCAGAAAUUUCAUGAAACCAACUGAGCUCAAAAAGUAAGGAAGUUUGUGUUCUUUGUUGUAACAAUGCUUCUUGGCAAUAAAUACUACACUGUUGGAAAGCCUGUUUAUUUCUCUUUUCAGUGGAUCCACAUUUGCAAGGAGCAUGCAUUUGUGGGCACAGAGCUCAGUAUGUUCCCUCUAUUUUUUAAAACUGAGCAGGCAUUCAACUCCCCUGAGCAUCUACUUCAGCAAAUGUGGACGACACACUCACAGUAGUUAUGUACAAUAAUUCCUUAUUACACUGAAUACUUAAUGUUACUUUCCAUUUAGAAUGAAUAAUGUGAAAGUAUGCAGUUUUGGACACAGACCUUAAUAAGUUUCUGUGCUCUCAUUUUCUAGCCACAUUUGCAGAGUGUCUCUGUGUGAGCGUGCUGAUCCUGAAGCUUAGUCCAGACAGAAA